UAGCUUACAAAUAAAAAAGUAGAUGACUUUAGGUGAUAGAUACGGCACCUUCCUAUUCAUUCAUUCAUUCAGAGAAAGAAGGAAAGUGAAUAAUGGCAUCAUCAAUGGCGAACACUUUCACUCUUCCUCGCCACUUCAACAAAAACCUUUCUUCUUCUUCUUCUUCAUCCUCUAUCUCCAAAAUAUUCACUUUCUACACCCCCAUUUCCACCUCUUCACCCAUCAUCACCAAUGCUUCAUCACGCCGCGCACCCACUUUCCCUCGAGCCAUGUCUUCUUCUUCAUCUCCUUCUCCCUCUUCCUCUUCCUCUUCUUCUUCCUCCUUCGGCUCUCGUCUCGAAGAAACCAUCAAAAACACCGUUUCUCAAAACCCUGUUGUUGUUUAUUCCAAAUCCUGGUGUUCUUAUUGCUCUGAGGUGAAAUCCUUGUUCAAGAAACUCGGUACUCAACCAUUGGUCAUCGAAUUGGACGAAUUGGGUCCACAAGGUCCACAGUUGCAGAAGUUAUUGGAAAGAAUCACUGGCCAAUACACUGUCCCAAAUGUCUUUAUUGGUGGCCAACACAUUGGUGGCUGUACAGAUACACUUAAGCUGUACAGGAAAGGAGACCUUGAAACUCUGCUAUCAGAUGCUGUUGCUAAAAAUAAGGGGAGCUAAGACCUUGUCAAUAUUACUCUCAACCUGAAGGGAAUCUGAUCCGGUUACCAAUUUGUCGCAUAUGUUGGUUGAAACUUGAAAGCACUCCAAGUUAAUACAUCGAUUUUUAGUCAUUAGACCCUAAUAAAUCUGUGCUUAGGGUUUGUAUAACUGAAAUAAGCACCUUUUGUACUUAAAAACUGUAUUCAUGUAAUGAUUCUUAAAUUGGUCAUUUAAAUGCCUGGGAAUUGACACUGUAAGAACUAAAUACUACCUCCGUUCCUUUUUAAUUGUCA